AUGCACAGUUUCUACGAUAUCGUCAACGUCAGUGAGGAAUCGUCGAGUGAAGAAUUGAAAAAAGCUUAUUUCGACUUCUUGAGAAGGGUUAGUUUCGAUCAUGUUGUGAAAUUCGAUUUUUGAGAUGCACGGCUUGACGCCGCCUUUUUUCGUAAAGUAUGACGUAUUUGGUGCAUACACAGGACGACGCUAAUUUGCAUACUCAUUUUAAUGGAAAACCAUUUUCGUCCAAAAAUAAUGAAAUCGAAAUUUUUGGGGCACUACAGACAUGGAGAAAGUUGAUUCUAGCGCAUUUAUAGGAAAAUUUUGAAUUUUUUAUAAGAAUCAAUUGUGAUAAAACAUUCAAAUAUUGGUUCUUACAUUUUGAAACUUGGAACGGAAAAAUGGAUUUUUUGAGCAAUUUUCGACUUUUUUAUGCUUAAUUUCAGUUCAUUUAUAGUCCAUUCCAUGCAACUUGUCAUAAUUUUUAUUUUCCUCCGAUCUACAGAACCCUUCGCUUCGAUGCGCCUUUAAUUUGGCCGAAAAUUUCGGUUUUAUUAAAGGCGCAUAAAUAUAGGCUCCCAAGGGAAGCUUCCCAAAAGGAAAAUCGUGACAAGUUGGCUUGGAAUGAGCUAUAUCUGUUCUACAAGCAAAUUAGUGGUUUUUCUUCAAUUUUCUCCAGUUUUCAAUAUCACUAUUCACUUCAAACUUUCGGGACAGACUUUUUUAGUGUACUUUCCUCUGUUCCAGACACAUCCUGAUAAAGUCGGCGAGGAUCUUGCCGACAUCGAACAGCUCAACGCGGCGGCCGUCAUUUGGAAUCGGGUUAAAGUAUAUAUUUUCCUAUUUUUCUUUGCUUUAACCGAACAUUUUUUAUUUUGAUUUGGAAAUUUAGUUGUAAAGCAAAAGUUAGAAUCGAAAAAGAUGUGUUUAAGGAAAUUUUAUGGGAUAUAAAAUAGAAAAAACAAAAAAAUCUCAUUUAUGAUGAAAAUCCUCUCCCUAGGAACGCCUUGGGGUCUUUGAAGGCUCCCCUCUAGGGACCACUUUGAAUUCUUCUCCAAGGGGCACUAAAGCUUGCAGAAGUAUAAGGACAAGAUUCCUAUAGGGACCACUUCAGCUUUAGAGGCUCAGAGAUCACACCCUAAACCCUAUAGUGGCUGUUUUUUCCCUGACCCCUACAGGGAUCACUUAUAAGGACAAGGUUCCUAUAGGGACCACUUCAGCUUCAGAGACUCAGAGAUCACACCCUAAACCCUAUAAAAACCACCUAAAUUUCACUCAGGAGGACCUUUUUGUCCCCUAUAGUUCCCUGACCCCUAUAGGGAUCACUUAUAAGGGCAAGAUCUCUAUAGGGACCACUUCAGCUUCAGGGACUCAGAAUCUAGAACCUUAACCCUAUAAUGACCACCUAAAUUUCACUCAGGAGGACCUUUUUGUCCCCUAUAGUGGCAGAUUUUCUCCCUGACCCCUAUAGGGGCCACUUAUAAGGACAAGGCUCCUAUAGGGACCACUUCAGCUUCAGAGGUUAAGCGGUUAGUACCUAAAUCGCUUUACUAACUACCUAAUAUUUACCCCUAUAUGAGUAAUAUCCCCCCCUAACCACUAUAGGGACCACUCUGGCGUUCCUAAAUCUGUUAAAAUCACUUACUAAAGUUUUUUUCUCAGACGAAAGAAGGCCGAGAAGAGUACAAUUAUUGGCUAAGAGAGCAGAAACUUCGCGAAUCUCGUGGAACUAUCGCCGAGAGAAUCGAAAUCUACGAGGUUUUUAUCGAAAAAAAAAGUUCUCAAUGAGGAAUUUUUGAAAAUUCUGUCGAUUCCAACAGUUGAAAAGGGAUUUCUUUCUUGAAAUUCUGAAAAAUUUCACAAUUUUUAGAAGAUUUUCGAAGUUAACUUGGAAAAUAGUCAUUUUGGAAAGGGUUAUAUUUUUUGGACGCUUUUUGUAAGUGUGAUUUCCAGGAAAUCCAGAGUGUUCCCUCUAGGGGCAAUCUCAGGGACCAUUUUACCAACCCCUAUAGGGGUAACUAAAGCUUGCAAAAGUGGUCUCUAUAGGGGUUUUAGUUAGUGGCCCCUAUAGGGGACAUGUUGGUUGAUAAUUUUUAUGUGCAGCGAAGAAGCAUUUACGUGCGAAAAAUUAAAUUAAUAGCGUCUUUUAGAGGAAGUUGCAGGACCCCUAUAGGGACCACUUAAGGUUUAAGGGCUAUCGGAUCAGACUCUAAACCCCUUUAGGGACCAUUUUUCGGACUAUAUAGGGACUGUUUUCCCCCUAACCCUUUUAGGGACCACUCUGAAAUUCCUUUUUUUUUCAUUCCCAAGUUUUCCUCAGCUCGGGAACAAUAGAGUGGUCCCUAAAGGGGAUAAACGAAAAACAGCCCCAGUAGGGGACAAAAAAGGGCACACUAUAGGGGUGAAGUAUCUGUGGUCUCUAUGAGACCACUUUUGGGAGCUUCAGGGGUCCCUAUGGGGGUUUGGUAAAGUUAUCACUAAAGGGCUCUAAGGUAACCCCUAUAGGGACCACUCUGGAGAUCUUAAGUGACUUUUUUCAAGCGUUUUUAAAAUUCAGGACGAAACAGAAGUUGAGGAAUACUGCCGUUGUGGCGACGAAUAUCAAGUUCCUCCUGAAGAUGUUGGUUUUUCAAAUUUUUUUUCGGUAAAAUCUCAUUUUUUCAUGUUUUCUUGAUAUUGACGAGUGUAUUUUAUUCGAUUUUAUCGAUUUCAGAUCAAGAAAAUCAUUGAUCGAGGCAUUUUCGAGUGCGGCAGUUGCUCCCUUUGCUUGGAGGUCGUGAGGAUCAACAAGAAAAAUUUAGGUAAAUUUAAUAAUUUUGUUCAUGUUUCUAUGAUUUUUUUCUUGUUAUUAGGUUCAUAUUUAUGUAAAAAAAAAUACUUUUUUUGUCUCGAAAACUGAAUUUUGUUCGAAAUUAUGCAUCUUCAUUUUUUUGAUGUUGUUUUGGUUGAUUUUAAAAUUACACAGGCUUUAAAUUUCAUCAUUAUUGAAUGAAUUUUUUUAUUGAAAUUAUUGGAAAUACUUGGAAACGCCAGAGUGGUCCCUAUAGGAGCCAUCUUAAGAGCCCUUCACGGUGCCCCUCUAGGGAUCACUUUAGCUUUUCCUAUAGGUAAUAGGUUUCCAAAAGAGAGCAUGGCAGUCGGUCGUUGUGUGAAGAAAAAAAACUGGGUCCCUAUAAGGACCACUCGAGUUUUAGAGGUCUAUAGAAACCAUUUAAAUUUUUGCCUUCUAGGGAUUUUUUUUUUUGGGGCUGUUUUUCUUUCAUUCCCUAUAGGGACCCCUUGAGCUUCAAAGGCCCAUAGGGGUCAUAUAAACUAUACCCUUCUAGGAGUGUUUUUUGUCCCCUACAGGGGCUGCUUUCUUCCUAAUCCCUAUAGGGGCCACUUGAGUUUAUGUAGAGGCCUAUAGGAACCAUCUAAACUUUACCCUCCCAGGAGUGUUUUUUGUCUCCUAUAGGGGCUGUUUUUCUCUUAUUCCCUAUAGGGACCUCCCUAGACGUUAUAUUUAGAGUUUGACAUUCUGCUUAAAAAUGUUCAAAAAAAUGUGUAUUUUUUUGAAUGAAAAAUUUUCUCCAAAAAAAUAAAAAAAGUAUUUUUCAGUUGAAAAAUGAGCACCAAAGUGAUUGUUCUCGGCGAAACGGGAACCGGAAAAAAACGUCCCUUUGUAAUGCCCUUGCUGGAACGUUCGUUUUUUAUUGAUUUUAUCGAUUUUCAUCAAAUUUGAUACGAAAAAUUGAUUUUUUCAGUCCUGGCACGAAUUUUCCGGAAACGGUCGGCGCAGCGGUCGUCAUGACUUGGCAUGAAUAUCGAGCCGGUUUUUGUUUCUCAUUUCUAACUUUUUGAUGAUUUUCCGAAUUUUAGGUACCCCAGAACAAAAAUCGGAACUGAUCGAACUUUGGGACAUCGACGGCCAGAGGAGCCAUCAUCAGGUGAAUUUUUAUGCGAAAAAAAUAUUUGAAGGAGCAUGGAAAGUUUGAAAAAUGGGUCCUGGAACGAAAUAGUAGUUACGGCAAUUUUGUGAUAAGCUAGCUUUGUAAUAAGUAUAUAGUUUUCUCAGAUUUUGAAUUUCAAGUAUAAUGACGUCAUUCGGAAAGGCUCUCUGAUUGGUUAUUCGUGCCGUUAGGGGCGGAGCUUGAGGGACGGCUUGAAAUUCAAAAUCUGAACAGACUAUAGUUCAUUUGAGUUUUUCGAAGCCAUCAUCAGGUAAAAUGAUAUCUGAGAAAAAAAUUUAAAGGAGCAUGGAAAGUUUGAAAAAUGGGUCUCGAAGCGAAAAGCUAAUUAUUUUUAGUGUUUUUGUGAUAAGCUAGCUUUAUAAUAAGUAUAUAGUUUGCUCAGAUUUUGAAUUUCAAGUAUAAUGACGUCAUGCUGAAAGUCUCUGUUACUGGCUAGCUCUCUAAUUGGCUAUUUAAGCUUUCAGGGGCGGAGCUUGGCAUUCAAAAUCUGAACAUACUAUAGUUCAUUCGAGCUUAAAGGCGCAUAGGGUUUUUUUCAGGCUUUUUCGUCAUAAAUCUUUAAAAAAAUGGAAAAAAAUAGAGUUUAUCUAUGAGUUAUUCAAGUUUAAAGGCGCAUAGGGUUUUUAAGGUCAUAAAAAUUUAAAGAAAAAGGUCUUGGAACGAUUGGAAAAACCAUGGGUUUUAAUGAAAGUUUUCUGUAGUAGCUUUAAAGUAAUAGAGAUUAUUCGUGACCCAUUUUUGGUGAAAUUUGAAGGCGCAGGGGCAUUUUCUAGGCUUAUUUUUUUUAUGAAUAUACAGCUCUCUUUUUUUCCAGGCCGCUCAAGUGUUUUUCGAAGGUGCCCAUGGAGCGAUCUUGGUCUACGAUGUGAGCAAUAAGAGAAGUGAAGAGGUUUUGACGUUUUCACGCUUUUCGAAAGGAGAAGAAAGAGGAUUUUUCAAGUUUUUAGGGGAAAUAGAGAGUGAAAAAUUCCAGAGUUAUUUAUUGAUUUUUGGGAUCGUACUACUUUUUCAAAGUUUCCAACCGUUAUGACAGAAAAAAGGGAAAAUUGACUUUAUUUAGGGGUGUUUUCUUAAGUUUCAGUUAAAAAUAAGGUUUUAAAUUCCGCGAAUCACCUUGAAAAACAGAAAAAUAUAACAUAUUUUUAUUCGAAAAAAAGAGAAUUUUUUUAAACUUACGCGAGUUUUUUUCAAGUGAUUCGUUUGAUUUAUUUUCCAGAACAUGGGUUUCUGGAUGACCAUGUUGGACGGGAAGCAGAGGAAGCCCGCCAGCGGAGCUAGUGAGUGAAUUUUAAGAAAAAUCGAACUAUAGUCCAUUCACCGCGACUUGUCAGUUUUUGAAUGUCUCUGUUCCCGAGGUCAGAGAAACGUGAAAAUAGCACGUCAACAAGAGAGACGAGGAGGGCGCAGAGAAGUCGCGAGAAAUGGACUAUAAUUCUUAUUUUCCUCCUUGAAUUCAAAAAUAUAGAUUUUUAGCUCCACUUCUCGAUUUGGAAUCCUGCCCGAUACCUGUACUGAUCGUUGGCUGCAAGGUGGAUAUUAGGCCUCAGAGAAGUCUCAACACCUAUGAAAGGUAAAUAAAAUGAGGAUUCGAAAAAUUCUACUGAACAAUUAACUUUCAAUAUGUAGUAUGAUCUGUGCAGAUUUUGAAUCUCAAGUCGUCCCCCAAGCUCCGCCCCUAAUCGAGCCAUAAACCAAUCAGAGAGCUAGCCACCCACAGAGCAUUUUUCAAUGACGUCAUUGAGUGCUUCCUAUAUGGGAAACCUCAGGGAUCGGGUCCCCUCUAGGGACCACUUUACCUACCCCUACAGGGACCACUCAAGCAUGCAAAAGCAGUCCCUAUAGGGGACAUUCUAGUACUUCCGUGCGAAAAAUUGAACAAAUAAUUUUUUAAUGAAGUUGAAAGACCCCUAUAGGGACCACUCAGGCUUUAGGGGCGAAGUGGUCAGACCCUAAACCCCUAUAGUGACCACUUUUUCGAAUCUGAACAGCCAGGUGUCUCAACGGGUGCGCCCGUUUUAAGCCCCCGUGUUUUCGAGGCUCCUUCAGUGCCAGUUGCUCUAGAACGGGAGAAAAACGGGUGCAAGAAGAAACUAGGCUGAAAACGGGCCUCAGCUGGGGUGAAAAAUGCCAAGAGUUGUACCCAUUGGGCUCAUACGGGAUUAAUAUGGGCACACCCGAUGAGAUUUUUAGCCCGACUGGCUUAUUUUGGCGAUUUAUUAGUUUGAUAAUAUGUAUUUUUUUCAGAGUUUUCGUUAACACGAGGAACAAGAUUCAGUCCGGAUCUCCGAAUUAUAUUAAUUUUGCUCGGUUUGUUUUUAUUAUAUAUAGGAUUUCACAUAGGCAAUGUCGGGAAGGGCCGAAAAAAAGCUCCAUAGAAAUGUUCCUUUUAAGGUGAUAAAAAUCUCAUUUUUGGGGCCUUUUUUGAACCUCUCCCUUUUAGCGGCCAAUGCCUGGGAUCUCCAGAGUGGUCCCUCUAG